GUUCAAGAUGCUGGGCAAGAGAUGGUGGCGUCUUCUGUUACACCAGGAUCAGGCAAAUCAAAGCUGGACACAUUACCCAAAGAAGAUCUCAUCAAGUUUGCAAAAAAGCAAGUGAUGCAUAUACAGAAAGUGAAGUCAAGAUGUACAGAACUAGAGAAAGAAAUUGAAGAGCUCAAAUCUAAAGCAGCUACUGGAGGAGGUGAUUAUAUUAUUCAGGCUCUCACAGAAAGACUGGAUGUUGUACUUCUGGAAAAAGCUGAAACUGAGCAGCAGUGCAUAGCUCUGAAAAAGGAAAAUGUUCAGAGAAAGCAAGAAGCAGAGGCUGCAGUGGCUAAGACAGAAGAAUUGCAGAAGCAACUGGAGCAAUCAAGUACUGACUCUCUGGAAGAAAUAAAAGCUCUGAAGAGGGAGUUAGCAAAUGCACAAUGUAAACACAAUGAAGAUUUAGCAAAGCUGAAAAUGGAAUUAGAAGAACAAGAGAAGAAACAAAUGGGGCUGAUGGAACAUAUUGAAUGUCUUAGUGAUAGUCAAAAAGAAGUUAAAAGAUUACAAGAUGAUGUCCAAAGAAUUAAAUCUACUUAUGAGGAGCAAAUUUUGUGUCUGAGAAAGCAGUUGGAAACUGUGAAUGAAGACAAAACCAAAGAAGUGACAAAUCUGCAAGAAACUGUGAAAAGCAACUCUGAGUGUUACCAUAAUGAAAUAAAAAAUCUGAAUGAAGAACUUAAAAAGUUAAAAAUUGCCCAUCAGGAAGAGGUGUCAGGAUUGAUGCAUCAGGUUGAAAUAGCAUCUAAAGAAAAUGAAGAAAAGCAAAGUCAGAUAAAUCAGUUACAGCACAUUUUGGCAGAGGAGGGCUUAAUAAAAGAGAAAAAUGCGAAGGAUGAAAUAUGUGGUAGUACUGACCAGCGUGAAUAUGAUUUGGAGCAGCUGAGAGAAGUCUUAAAUAAAAAUGUAGAAACCAAGGUAGUUAUAGAUGCACAAGAAGAACCUUGUGUAGAAGCGACAAUGGAAGAAAAGGUUAGGCAGCUGGAGCAUAGUUUGGAAGAGCUCCAGUCCCAACAUACUAUAUUAAAAGAUGAGUUAACUUACAUGAGUAAUGUUAAACUAAAACUGGAAGAGGAAAUCCAUCACAUAAAGGAUGAGUACUUCCGUGAGAGGGAAGACUUGGAUUUUAAGAUAAAUGAAUUGCAGCUUACUAAAGAAGACUACUGUUGUGCAAUUGAAAAACUAAAAUUGGAGCUUCAGGCAGCAAGACAGCACUGUGAAACUGCUGUAAAAGAGCAUAAGUUCGAGACUCAGACUCUGAAAGAACAACAUAAGAGAGAAAUUGCUGAACUAAGUGAAACUUUAUUAUCUGGUUCUGAAAAAGAAAAGAUGGCAUUAGUUUUUGAAAUGCAGGAACUUAGAGACCAACUUGAAAAACUAACUCAGGAGAAGGAAGAAGCAGUGUCCAGUUAUAACAGCCUGAGAGAAACAAUGGAAACUCUACAGACUGAACUAGGGGAAUCUGCUGGAAAGAUCAGCCAGGAGUUUGAAUCAAUGAGACAACAGCAAGCUUCUGAUGUGAGUGAACUGCAACAGAAACUCCGGGCUGCUUUCAAUGAAAAGGAUGUUCUUCUUGAAACUGUGAAUCGCCUCCGGGAAGAAAUAGAAAAAUUGUCAUCUAAUCAGCCAGAUGUAGAAGAACUUAAAUGUAAAAUUCUUAGUCUACAGGAGGAGAAAAACACAAUAACAAACUCCAUUGACCAAAAAGAGACUGCUGUAAAAGAACUGGAGAAGAAGAUUAUUUCUCUUACUGAUCAAAACAAGGAUUUUUUGAAUGAAGUGAAUUGCUUGGGUGAAGAGAGAAAAACCCUUCAGGAAAGGUGCAAGCAAGAAGAAGUUAAAAUUCAGGAACUUCAGCAAGAAAUAGAUGUUGCUAACCAGUACAAUACUGAUCUGAAGAAAAAGGUGGAAGAAUUAACGGAGAGACUGAACGAAACUUUAACUAAGAAGAAUGAAAAUGCUCAAAUGCUAGAGCAGCUGGAAAACCAGAUUGAAUCUCUGAUGCGUGAAAGAGAGAGCCUUUCAUCUGAAGCAUAUACUCUUCGUGAGGAAAAUAAGAAAAUAACUCAUGAAAAAGGCAAAUUGAGUGAAGAGCUAGAAAAGAUUACCUCUGAAAAAGAUGGUUGGUUGGUGCUGAAAGAGCAUUCUGAAAGCUUAGAAAAGAAACUACAAAUGAUGACUGCAGAAAAAGACCAUAUAUCAACAUUACUUGAAAGUGAACAAGAGCACAGAACCCUUGUGAGAACUCAGCUGUACCACUUACUUGAGCAAGUGGGGUCCAGUGUUUCGAGUUACAGUGAAGAGUGUGAUUCUCUUAACUUGUUAGAAAUUGCAAAUGAAUACGUGUCCAAACUAAAAGAGCAGCAGUGCCUUGCUCUGCAGAAGGAGGAGGAAGUUCUUCAUUUGCAGCGGGAAGUUGAGAGGAUAGAGGAAGAAAAUGCAGCUCAAUACACAGAACAUAGAUCCCUGAUUCAGGAUUUGGAAAAAGAAAAGGAACUCUUGAAAGAAGAAUUGGAAGAAGUGUUGGCUGAAAAAGAAGCACUUCAGUGUGAUCUCCAGGAGCUGAAGAAUGCCAGUGAAAAAACGAGGAUUGAAAAUCAAGAUCUUUUAGCUAAUACUGAAGAGCUUACUCAAAAACUUGCUUUUUAUGAAAGUCAAAUACAAGAACAGCAAAAAGGAUCAGAAAAACAGGACAACUUAAAUUUCAUUCUGGAACAAAAGGAAAGUGAACUUAGAAAUGUGAAAGACGAACUGAAUUCUCUAAAGAAUUCAGUGGAGACAAUGGCUGAGAAAACUGAUCAAAAGUCUUCAGUAGCAGAGCUUCAGGAAAAAAUUGGAAGGCUUGAAAAAGAAUCGGCAGAAAAAGGAGAGAAGCUAAAUAAAAUUAAGGUUGUUGCUGUGAAAGCAAAGAAAGAAUUAGAUGCCAGCCGAAAAGAGAUGCAGACUUUGAGGGAAGAAUUGGAGUUGGCUCGGUCAGAAAAAGAUCAGUUGUCUGCUUCAAUGAAAGAUGUCAUUCAAGGAGCUGAAAGCUAUAAGAAUCUUUUGAUAGAAUAUGAUAAACAAGGAGAACAGCUGGAUGCUGAAAAAGGCAGAGCAAAUAAUCUUGAACAUCAGCUAGAAGACCUCACAAGACAGCUACAGGUAUCAUCCCAGCAGCAUGAUCAGUUACGCUCCGCUAAUGAAGACCUCCUGGCUCGUGUUGAAACACUGCAACAUAAUGCUAAGCUGCUGGAAGCUCAGAUACUGGAGAUACAAAAAGCCAAGGCAAAGGCUGACAAAGAACUAGAAGCUGAAAAGCUUCUAAAAGAACAGAAAACAAAGGAACAUAGUGGUGCUCUCCGAGAAAUGGAGGAGCUUCAGAUGCAGCUUCAGAAGGAAAAGAAACAUCUGCAGAAAACUAUGCAAGAACUAGAGCUGGCCAGAAAGGAUGCUCAAAAAAGUACACUGAUGGAUAUGGAAAUAGCUGAUUAUGAAAGACUAGUAAAAGAACUUAAUCAGAAGAUCAUUGAUAAAGACAGCAAAAUAGAAGAUCUUGAGCAGGAGACAGGGAUUCAGAAACAGAAGCAAGAGACCCUACAGGAAGAAAUAAAGUCACUGCAGUCAACUAUGCAACAGGAUGAGGAAAGAAAUGCCAAGAUAAAACAACUCCUGGUGAAAACCAAAAAAGAACUGGCUGAUUCAAAACAAGCUGAAAACGACCAUCUAAUGUUGCAGGCAUCAUUAAAAGGGGAACUGGAAGCCAGUCAACAACAAGUAGAAGCCUUUAAGAUUCAAGUAGCUGAGCUAACAUCAGAAAAGCAUAAAGUUCAGGAACUCCUGCGAACUUCUUCGGAGCAGCACCAGCGUACAUUGAAUGCCUACCAGCAAAAAAUGGCAACCUUGCAAGAAGAGUGCAAAGCAGCCCAGGCUGAACAAGCAUCUGUUACAUCUGAAUUCGAGAGCUACAAAGUCCGUGUUCAUAAUGUUCUAAAACAGCAAAAGAAUAAAUCUGCUUCUCAGACAGAAUCUGAGGGAGCCAAAAAAGAAAGAGAACAAUUGGAAAUGGUGAUAGAGCAACUUAAAAUUAAGCUGCAAGAUGCUCAGCAUAAUUCACAGCUGAAUGCGUCUGAACUUGAGGUGUUGCAGUCUGAACAUGACACCCUGCUGGAAAGACACAAUAAGAUGCUGCAAGAGACUGUUGCAAAAGAGGCAGAACUCCGUGAAAAGCUCUGCACAAUACAAUCUGAGAACAUGGUCAUGAAAACAGAGCAUGCCCAGGCUUUGAGUCAGCUGACAGCCCAGAAUGAAGCCCUCCGGAACAAUUUCAGAGAUCAAGUCAGGAACCUGCAAGAAGAGCACAGGAAGACAGUAGAGACACUUCAGCAGCAACUGUCCAGAGUAGAAGCUCAGCUUUUCCAACUCAAGAGUGAACCAAGCACUAGAGCUCCAGCUGUUUCAAAUCCAGCUACGAAGAACUUGAGAGAAGGCCGAAACACUGACCUUCCUGUUCUUGAUGUAUAUACUGUAGCUAGGGAAGAGGGAGAAGGUAUGGAAACAACGGACACAGAGUCCGUCUCUUCAGCCAGCACUUAUAUACCAUCCUUGGAACAACUUUUGAACUCUCCAGAAGAAAAACCUGAGCCACCUCAGUGGCAAACAGAACUCACCAAGGAUGAACUGAUUCAGAAACUAAACACAACAUCGAAGAGUGCUGAUCACUUGAAUGAAUUACUUCGUGAAUCAGAAGCAACCAAUGCAAUCCUGAUGGAACAAAUAAAGCUUCUUAAGAAUGAAAUAAGAAGACUGGAAAGAAAUCAAGAGAGAGAAAAGUCUGUGGCUAAUCUAGAAUACUUGAAGAAUGUUCUACUGCAGUUCAUAUUUCUAAAAUCAGGAAGUGAGAAGGAAAGGCUGCUUCCAGUAAUAGACACCAUGUUGCAGCUCAGCCCUGAAGAGAAGGGGAAGUUAGUUGCAAUUGCCCAAGGUGAGGAAGAGAGUAGCUCACGGUCCUCUGGGUGGGCUUCCUACCUCCACAGCUGGUCGGGACUUUGAUAAGAAUGAAAACGCUGAAUCUUUAAACACAUUCCACCGUUGCAAAAAGAAAUCUUUAUAUAGAAUAACAGCCUGUUUGUGUUAUAGCAUUGAAUCACAAGUUUUUAUUUCUGUGUGUUACUUUGGGCUUUUUAGACUCUUAAGAAAGAAGCCAUUAGUAGCUGUGAAAGACUGUCCUAUAUUGCACUCUGAUAUAGCAGUGAACUGGUCCUGUUGUGAAUGUUAAAGCUGAUGAUCAGUAGUAUAAUGAGACGUGACAAAUUAAUUGCAAAUUGCUUGGAAACAGAAUUUGACAAACCUAUGAUGGCUCUUUUGAAACUGAUUUAAAAACUUGGUCUAAUGUAGUAAACUGGAAUAACCAGAACUAGACUUAAGGCAUUUUAAAGUGUUUACAAUUUCACAUAUUUUUUUCAGCUUGCUAAUCUAUAUGGUUAGUGUUAUUCUCUGCACGAUGAAGAAAUUAAAAUUGUUGUUUCCUGUCUGGUGAUGCUUACAAAAUGUAAGUGCAUUAAGAAACAGAAGUGGCAUUUUCUGCUUUAACAUGACUGAAUUUUUAGUCCUGUGAGGGGAUUUUUUGUGUUUGUUUGUGAUGGGGUUUUCGUUUUGGCGUAGGAAUUUUUUUGUUUUCUGGGUUUUUUUUUUUUGUUUGUGUGUUAUUGGGUUUUUUUUGCAGAAGCUGGAUUGAAAAUACCAAGGCAGUGAUGCACAAAAUAUAGAGGGUGCCUAAAACUAUAUGAAAUAUAACACUUGGCACAUCUGGAGGAUGGCAUUGGAGCAGAGAUUAAUGGCACCAGUGGAAAUCUUGGGAUAGUAAUCCAAGAAUCAGAGGUCAUAAGUGAGCUGAAGCUUUGGGAGAAACGUCUUAAGCUAUGGCUUUUUAACUAGGGGUUGGGAGUUUGUGUUCAAGAAUAGGAAGUUCCAUUACUGUAGCGACCUCUGUACUUAGGUGAAAAGGCUAAACUCAUUCUGACUUACUCAUACUGAAGACACUAAAGGAAGAAUCCGAGUGUGUAGGUCGGACUCCUAAUAAUAGCUUCUGGGAGAAAUGGAGGGAGCUUUUGUCAGUAGAUGCAUCUUUUCAAUUUUCUAAUGAUUGAAGAUGUUACACCCUUCUCUCACUUCUCUGUGUUUGCACACAUAAUUUGCACAAAUCUUCUGCAGAGACAAGAUAAUCUCUGUUCCAGGUUAUUCAACAGAAUGUUUUGGUUCUCUUCAAGAAAAAUAAAUCUCUGCUGUAGAAUUCCUACUUUUGUUACCAACACAGCUUUUUUUGUUUUUUAGCUUCAGUCUUCUUUUCCCCUUUUUAUAGUCCAUGCUGCCUUUCAUCAGCUUAACUUAUUUGUAAUUUAUUAAGAUGCAGACGAAUUUUUUUUAAACCGUUUCAACCAGCAUCUUUCUAUCUUUUUCACUCAGAUUUUCACACUCUCUGUGCUGUUUUACAGAGAAUCACUCCCUGGUAUGCAUACCAAUACUAAAUAGUAUUCUUCCUUUCUUAUAAAGGAUGCUCAUUCCUUUAAUAUUGCCUUAUUUGGGGCUGAGAUUAAUCUAGACAUAAGAACAGAAAGGCAGCAUAUGUUGCAAAUAAACUGCAGUAGCUGUGCUUUUGGUUUAAGUUUUUGCUUAUGUAUAUUUCAAUACACAGUUGUCAAAGCCAACAGGCUUUAUAUAGAUAUUUUAAUUCUUUCCCACAGUCUUAAGCAUUUUUUUGUUGCUUUUUUUCUGUGGACAGAUCACAAAACUGAUAAAUAGUAGAGAGGGUAUGAGACUCUUGGAUGUCUGUAGCGUGGACAUGUAGAUAGCAAACAUAUGGCCAAGUUUAGGCUUUUGAAACAACUACAAUAUUUUCAACAUUCACAAUUUGCUCUGGGUCUGGGAUAUUGAAUUCUAACUACUUAUUCACAGCUGAAUUUAGUUAACAUCACUCAAAAGAAUGCCAAAACAGAGCGACAGACAGGAGAGAUUUGAAACAUGCAUAAAAAUAAGUGCAAGUCAUUCUCCUGCUGUGAUUUUAACAAUGGAAGCACAUGAGUGGAAGGAUACAACUCUGUCUUAGUUUAAAUGCAAUUUGCAGCUGACCUGAUUUAGUCUCUUCUGCAUGAUGUCUGCUUGGCUAUCACUGAAGAGCUGUGACAAGUUCCUUUUAAAAUGCACAUAUUUCAGAACUGUAGAUUAUUUAAUGUUUUUAAGCUGUGAAUAAAUUGUAUGCAAGUGACAUAUUUAUCUGGCUGUAUUAAAUACCGGUUCCCUAUUGACUUCUUUCAAGUCUGAGUUGCAUGCUCCCUGUUUCUUAGUAAAACUCAGCUAUCGUACUUCUGAAUGUAGUGGACAACUUGCAUCACUUUUUUCUUUUUUUUCUCCUACAAUGGAAGAUUAAGAUCUUAAUUACUGUAAAAUAUUUUAAUAACUGUUAGUAAGCUCUGUUCUGUUGCUAAGAUUACCGGAAUUUACCUUUGUGGCAAUAAACUGUCUGUAAGCAAAUGUAUCAAAGUUUAAUAUACACUUGCAGUAAAUGGCAUAGAAAAAUGUGGACUGGAAGCAGGAUUAUUUUGCAUAGAAAACUUUUUAUAUGUCAUAUAUUUGCAUUUGUAAUGUACAGCAUUCUAGCUGUGAUCUGCUUUCAAAAAGCAAUUUGAAGAUUUAACCAGUAAUGCUGCUUCUUGAUAUACUGUGGUGCUCUCCUUUGGAAGAGCAGUGUGCUGAAUUUGCUUUCUGCUUCUUUUGAUUGUUUGUUUUCUUUACAGUGCCGUAUUUGUUAGGAUGUUUCCUAGAAAACAUAACCCCUGCCCAGAGUUUAUAAGCUUAGGACCAGUUCUUGCUCCUCUGUGAGCCUGCCUUCAGCCCAAGCCUAAGGAGGGUAUAAUUAGAAAAAAAAACAAAAGAGACUCUACUGUCACUGUGCAGACUAUUUAUUAAUUGACACCCCAAAAUGGGAGUGAUUCAGAGUUCCCAGGCCUGCAUGUGCCCCUGUGCUGACUUAAAGAUGGGUUAUACACCUUUCCUGUUCCCUUUACCUGGAAGGAAACUCAUCUAUGCAAGCAAAAUAUGCUCCAUUUGAAAGACUGGAAGACCAGAGCUUGUCAGGCAGUAGAGCAGAUGCAGCUAGUUGGAUUUAGGGGUCAGGAUGGCCAAAGGGAACCCAUGUUAGAAGUGAUACCUGGAAGAGCAGUGUUUCUUUUUUUCUUUUGUGACUUUCCUUUGCCAAUCUAUAAUUGAGAGAAUAUGUGGUUAGUUUAUUUUCUAAAUUUAAAUCUUCCUUUGGCUAUCACCCUCCAUUUUGUUGCUUUGAUAACAGAUUAUAUAUUCUGAAAUCGUGGAGGAGUCGUUAAAAACUCUCCUUAGUUUGUACUAAGUGGUUUUGAAGGCAGCUUAACCACCUAUGCUUCAUUUAGCGUAUACCCUGGUUUCAUUCAGUGCACCAACACUUCUUCAGCUACCUGCUGGUUCUAUUGGUACUGUGAAAAUAUCUUCCUUGGUAGCCUUGCACAUAGCAAUUACUAUCCACAAGGUGAGAAACCAAAUGUAUGAAGGGGUAAAAUUUUAUUUGUUAUAGUAGUUUUGUAAUUGCUAGUCUGAGUAGACAAGCGUUUGGUUGGAAAUGUGUCUUUUCAUGGCCUUCUCAUGUGGCUGUUGCUGCAAUAAAAUUCACCUUUAUCCAG